AUGACAAACAUCACAAGUCCCAUCGAAAUCGGCCGCUGCUCUCUGCAGCAUCGCGUCGUCAUGGCACCGAUGACGCGUUUGAGAGCCGACGAGAACCAAGCGCCGUUGGAUAUCAUGGUUGACUAUUACUCGCAACGAGCUUCAGUUCCCGGAACCCUUCUCAUCACCGAAGCAACCUUCAUCUCGGCCAAAUCCCGAGGUCGAGAUGAAAAUGCCCCGGGUAUAUUUACCAAGGAGCAUAUCCAACGGUGGAAGCGAGUGACGGACGCGGUUCACAGCAAAGGAUCGUACAUCUUCAUGCAGCUAUGGCACGUCGGCAGAGCAGCUCGGCAACAGGUCUUGGAUAGAGCCGGACUGGAAAUGGUCAGCAGCAGCGACAUUCCCAUCGAUGAAGAACAUCCAAAGCCUCGACCAUUGACGACAGAAGAAAUACGGGAAUGCAUCGAGUCUUUCGCGAGUGCAGCCAAAAAUGCGAUAGAAGCAGGCUUCGACGGUGUUGAGAUCCAUGCUGCGAACGGAUACCUGAUCGAUCAGUUUACUCAAGACACCUGCAACCGGCGGGUGGAUGAAUGGGGUGGAAGUGUCGAGAAUCGCUCGAGAUUCUGUCUCGAGAUCGCCAAGGCAGUGUCGCGAGAGAUCGGACCGGAUCGAACAGGCAUUCGACUCUCACCUUUCAGUACAUUUCAAGGCAUGCGAAUGGCAGACCCCGAGCCGCAGUUCACUCACCUCAUUUCCGAACUCCGACCUCUUGACCUUGCAUAUCUACACCUGGUCGAGCCUCGGAUCGCUGGGAAUUGGGAUAGAACAGUCGAUGACAAAGAAACACUCGAUUUUGCAUUAAAAGCAUGGGCUGAAGCCGGUCCCGUUAUUCUUGCUGGAGGCUACACAGCGGAGAAGGCUAAUGAAGCCUUGAAGACGAGUUUUAAAGACAAACCAGUUGCUUUUGGGUUUGGGCGACAUUUCAUUUCCAAUCCAGAUUUGCCUUUUAAGCUAGCCAGUGGUAUUUCUCCUUCGCCGUAUCAAAGAGAUACUUUCUACAAGGUGAAGAGUGCGGAUGGUUACACCGACUAUCCUUUCAGCGAUGCAUGGGGGGUCAAAGAAGCUACGGGACAGGUUUCUGAUAUUUCAACAUGA